AUGGAGGUUCCCGGAGUGAGAACUCGCCUGUCUUCGGCCUCCGCAGACUUCGACCUCGAAACUGCAUCCGGGAAAUCAUAUUCCCAUGACGAACCGAAAGAGAGGACUCCACUUGAUUAUCUUAAAAAGGCUAGCCGCCUUUGGCUUGCGCUCGCAGCGCUGGUGCUCCUCGUGUUUUUUUGCCUCUCGUCGUCGGUGUUCAACCGCUCGCCUAGCAGCUCCCAGCAGUAUAACCUCCACCAAACAGCUUCUUCUGAUAAUUUGGGGACGGGACCCUCUCUUGUAGGUCAGCGCAUGACCACCUUGGGCCGUGUGCACUCGCCGUUGGCAGUCCCUCCGCACUCCCACAACACCCGACACCUUCCUCAUCACCAUGCAGCACAAGCAGCAGCACGAACAAAAUACAGCAAUGACGUGAUAGGAGAGGAGCAGCAGGGAGAGCAGGAGCAAUGGGAUGAGGAGGAGACAGACGACGGAGACCUCGAGUACGCAGAAGAGGAAGAAGAGUCACACUCAGACGGCGAAUAUCUAACAGAAGCCCAUCUCGAAAACCUUCAUAGUGAAGAUGUCGAUGAAGGGAAGCAACACCCAGACGAACCCGAAUACAUCGACAUAUGGGACGGAGUGUCCCACGAAGACCUGCAUCUCUCGGAGGGUGUGCCUGGGUUGAAAACGCCCCUAUAUCGCCUCCCAUUUGUUGACGGACAGCAUAACGACACACAUAUUAUCGGCGUACAUACGAAGAAGGUCUAUUUACCCCGCUUUCUAAGCGUCAGCGGAGGAAAGAGACUUCCAGCAAUUUCCGGCACCUAUAAGAUGUACAUGAUCAAAGACGGGAGGCCCAAGCCGCACCUCAACCACGGCAGACUCAUUUGGCAAAAGGAGGGGCAGGAUUCAUCAAUUUUUUUGUACUACGAUCACAUGCACCACACUUGGGUGUUCAACAACGAGCUGGACUUGAGCAGGCCACAGCCUUUGGCGUUCCUUGCCCAUGGCGCCAUUUUACCCAUUAGCAGGAGAAACGACCGAACUUUCAGAAAGUACGGGGCCCCGAAAAGCGUACACUGGAUAGUAAGAGACGCGUCAAGUGGAAGCUCUAGACCAGACGGCACCGUCAAAGUUGACGCCGACCCACGACGCAGCGGAGACGAAGACCUGCAAACGCUUCUGCUGCAGAAGGUGUACCAUGCACCUGAAGAUGGGUCUCUUGAUGGUGAGGGGGAAGUUGACGACUUUGAACUCUUUGAAGAGGAGCACGAAGAGGAGGAGGACGAAGAGGAGGAGCUGCCUCUAGAUGAACACGGCGAGCCCAUUGCCCUGCCCUUGGGGGCCCGUAGCUUCCAGCAGUUCAUUACGCACUUGAAGACAAAUGUCUAUCACACAUUUGACUCAUUACAUCCGCGGUAUGAUCACCAAGAAAUACUCAAGGAUCCCGUCACGUUCGUCGAAGCCAACGCUCAUCCGGACUUAGUGGGACCCGAAAGGCUUGACGGUUACUCCCACGACCCUGUCCCCCACCCACUAAGGAAGUCGAUUCACAACGAAGAGCACUGA